UCCUCUCAAAGUUAUGGAACGGAAAGAAAAGAUCAAAAACAAACACCUUUGAAAACUGAUAGAGAGAGAAAGUAAGUGAGAGAGAGAGAGAGAGAGAGAGAGAGAGAGAGAACAAGAACAGUGAGUGUAUUUUGUGUGUGUGUGUGUGUGUGUGAGAGAGAGAGAGAGAGAGAGAUCGAGGAGGAAAAACCCAGGAAAUCCAAAGCUUUUUUCUUUUGGGAUAUUUGGGUGGGGUUGAGAGAGAGAAAACAGAGAGAGACAGAGAGAGGGGAUUGGGGAUUGAAUUCUCUCGCUACUUUCUCUCUCUAAGAUAACCCCCAUUUGAUCAGAACCAGAACUCAGAACCUCUCAUUUUUUCUUGUACAGAAGGAAUUUCUAGAACCAUCCAGAUUACUGUACAAUCAGACACUCACUUCGGGGUUGUUCAUUAUAUCUUUUUUUUCUUCUUUUUCCAUCUGUGGUUUUGGUUUCUUUGGAAGAGGAAUCGUAGAAUCCGUACAAAUGGAACGGUACGGUCGGGCUACAACAGAAGGGUCGCAGUCCGAUCCGUCACCGGAAUGGACAGCUCCGGUAGCCGAUACAGGGCUCGAAGAGCCUGUGUGGCAGUUGGGCGUGGGCGGCGAGGAAUCGUACCCGGAACGGCCCAACGAGAACGAUUGUAUCUACUAUCUGAAGACUGGGUAUUGUGGGUAUGGCUCACGGUGUCGGUACAAUCAUCCCCGUGACCGUAGCGCGGUUAUGGGAGCAGCUAGAGCUGGUGGAGUGGAGUACCCUGAGCGAGUUGGACAGCCAGUGUGCCAGUAUUAUAUGAAAACAGGGACAUGCAAAUAUGGUGCUUCUUGUAAGUACCACCAUCCUAGGCAAGGAGGAGGUUCCAUUAGCUCUGUGACACUAAAUUAUUAUGGAUACCCAUUGCGGCCGGGUGAAAAAGAGUGUUCCUACUAUGUGAAAACUGGGCAGUGCAAGUUUGGUACGACAUGUAAAUUUCAUCAUCCACUGCAAGCUGGCGUACAACUUCCAGCCCCGUCACCUACACCUCAAGUUCAACCUGUACCUGCACCCACAUUAUACCCACCUGUGCAGUCUCCAUCCGGUUCCUCAUCACAACAGUAUGGGUUAGUAGUUGCAAGGCCUCCCUUGAUACAAGGACCAUAUGUCCAAAGCCCUUAUGGUACAGUACUGAUUCCACCAGGCAUGGUUCAAUUUCCAAGCUGGAACCCUUAUACGGCAUCUGUAAGCCCAUUACCAUCUCCUAGUACUCAACCGACUGUUGGUUCAGGGCCAAUUUAUGGAAUAACCCAACUAUCUCCUUCAGCAUCUGCAUAUACAGGAUCCUAUCAACCUCCUUUACCUUCUGUUGGUCCUUCAAGUGGUACCCAGAAAGAGCGCUUGUUUCCGGAAAGACCUGGUCAACAAGAAUGUCAGUAUUACCUGAAAACAGGAGAUUGUAAAUAUGGAUCCUCAUGUAGAUAUCAUCACCCCCCAGAAGUUAUAGCACCAAAAGCGACUGUUGUUCUUAGCCCCAUGGGUCUCCCUAUGCGUCCAGGUGCUCCACUUUGCACUCACUAUGCACAACGUGGAGUAUGCAAGUUUGGUCCUGCAUGCAAGUUUGACCACCCGAUGGAAUCAUUGAGUUACAGCCCAUCUGCAUCGUCUCUUACUGAUAUGCCAGUGGCACCAUACCCAGUAGGAUCCUCAAUUGGUACUCUUGCCCCAUCGUCCUCUUCUUCAGAAUUGCGUCCGGAACUUACUUCAGGAUCCAGUAAGGACUCCACUUCAGCCAGAAUGUCUUCAUCAAUGAGCACAACUAGUGGAUCAGUUGGUUCAACCUUUUCAAAGGGUGGUUCGGUUUCUCAUCUGAGUCUCCAACAGUCUGCUCAGAGCUCUGGCCCUUCAACUGGCAGCAAUAGCAGUAUUUCUGAGUCGCAUACUUCAAGCUAAGCCUUAGUCAAGCAAUUUCUUAUUCUUCUUUUUUGAUCAAAUUUCUCCAAUGAAAGCAUCAUAUUUUUUUGCAAAUCCUCAAAUAGAGGAUUCACAUUCUCACUUAUCACGGUUUCCUGAUUCAGGCCUAGUACACAUCAGCUCUUUUCAUCACUGUGUUCAUAUAAUAUCUAUAUCGGCCAUUCCUUUUAUCUUGAAUAAGCCAUGGCCAACCGUCAAAAAGAAAAAAAAAAAAAAAAGUUUAGUAAAACCAUAUAGCCUUCAAAUUUUCUCUUGAAUAACCAUGAAAUACUCAGCAGUUCCCUUAGACAAAAUCUGUGUCCCACUCUUCAAUCAAGGAGUUUGUUGUGUUCUCUCUGCUCAAGUCUUUUUCAAAAUGAAGAAGAUAAAGUUCCACGGUUAUCAUACUUUUACAGUAACCGUGUAUUCAUGUCUAUCCCUUUCGAUUUUUCUUCAAAUUUGGGAACCAGCUUUCAAUCCCAACUUAGGUAUUAUUUAAGUGCUUUUUUGGUCCAUGGUCCGUCGUGAAGAGAGAAGAAAAAGCAGUUCAGAGACCCCCCAAGGAGGCAUCAAAGAAAGAAAGAAAAGAAAAAAAGAAAAAAAAUGCUACUUUAUAUGUUUUAGAUACAAAAGUUUAUGUUAUGGCAAUUGAAAAUGCUUGACCUGGUUAUUGAUAAUUUUAUUAUGAAUACAAAAUAUAUGAAGAAGCUUGACUGUGCAAAUAAUUAUUUUUCUUCUCCUUUUUGUUUCCCCAUUUUAAUUUUAAGGGGGAUUGAUCUUUGUUACUCUGUGAUACAACAUUUCGGUAAUUAAACUUUUUGAAGGAAAUUCUGAAUUUGAUUUUUA